AAAAAAAACAAAAACUAAAAAAAAUCAAAGCUUGGGAAUGUGAUGUGAUUACAUGGGGACUUUUAUUUUCAGAAAUAUAAAUAAAUUGGUGUAAUUAAAACGGAUUGGACUGAAUUAUAUUGUGUAUUACUUUAGUCUAUGUGAUUUGGUGAUGUUGUACUUGUGAGAUUGUAUUUUUAUUGAUAAUAUCGUAUAUGCGUUGUUUGUCUGGCAUGUACAUAUAUCGGAAUUUCCUAAAUAGAAUAGGCAUUUCAUGUCGAGAACGCGUAUAAAAAUAACAUUGAAGUAUCCCGAAAGAACGAGCUUUCGCCUGCGCCAUGAUUUUUGUGAUUUCCAGGAGGAUAUGCUUGCACAACUUGUUGUUUUUAGCUGGUAUUAUCGGCAUAGCAUUGGCAGCACCUCCAACAGAUGAGAACCUUCCUCCAAGACCUAAAGAAGGUGGUGUGUCCACACGGUUCUGUGAAUUUUACAAUGACACCAAACCGCCAUGUGACCCAUCAAUGGACUCAUUUUGCACACCAGUUGCUCCCACUGUAGAAGAAUGCCAACCAACCGAAACAGACAAAAGCAGCCACUGCUUCGUUCUAUGGCAAUAUGACAACAUCACUAACACUGCCUACCCCAAGUUCAAAGGAUGUUUCCUUGACACAGUCUCCUGUACCGACCGAAGUCACCUCUGUAGACUGCACAACACCAAACUCCCGCUGCUCCAUUGCUGCUGUGAAGGUGACAUGUGUAAUCAAAACGCUACAUUCCCUGGCCUGGAAGUAGUCAUGUCGCAAACUGAUGCUCCACCUGAAAAAAUACCAGCAUCACCAGUACCAGAUCCUGAGGAUGACACGAAAGCUGUCAUUGCAUACACAUUGACGCCAUUAUUCUUGCUGUUUGCCAUACUAGUAGCAUGCUACUUCUUGUAUAGACGGCGUAAGGGCAGCUCAUUUGCUGAGCUCGCUAAUGGUGAAGCUUCAUUAUCGAGACCACCCUCUGCAGGUGGUGGCAUGGAGAAUGAAAGUGGGGGAUUGGUUGGACAGGUGUCAUUGUGUGAGGUUCGGGCCCGUGGACGUUUUGGUGCAGUCUGGAGGGCGAAGCUAGGUCCCCUUGAUGUGGCAGUGAAAGUGUUUCCGUUGCAAGACAAACAGUCAUGGUCGGCUGAACAAGAAAUAUACCGACUGGCACGCAUGGAUCAUCCAGAUAUACUUCACUUCAUUGGUGUUGACAAGAAAGGGGAUAAUCUUCAGGCUGAAUACUGGCUCAUUACUGCAUUCCAUGAGAAGGGCUCACUUUGUGAUUACUUGAAAGCCCACACGCUCACAUGGGCGGAGGCCUGGCGCGUAGCUGUGUGCGUGGCGCGCGGGCUGUCUCACUUGCACGAGGAAGGCGGCGGGAAACCAGCGGUGGCUCACCGAGACUUUAAAUCCAAGAAUGUCCUUCUCAAAUCUGACAUGAGCGCUUGCAUAGCCGACUUUGGCUUGGCUCUUGUCUUCGUAGCUGGAAGGGGCUGUGGAGACGCACAUGGACAAGUUGGCACGAGAAGAUACAUGGCCCCUGAAGUCUUGGAUGGUGCGAUCAACUUCACAAAAGACGCAUUCUUGAGGAUAGACAUGUAUGCAUGCGCCCUUGUUCUGUGGGAGAUCGCGUCAAGAUGCAAAGAUGGCGGCGCGGACGGCUCGUCGCAGUACCGGCUGCCUCUAGAAGAGGAGGUGGGCUCGCACCCGACCCUUGAGGAGAUGCAGGAAGCAGUAGUGCAGAGGAAACUGCGCCCGCACAUACAGCCGCACUGGCGGGACCACCCGGGUCUAUCCGUCCUAUGCGACACGAUGGAAGAGUGCUGGGACCACGACGCCGAAGCCCGGCUAUCGGCGUCGUGCGUCGUGGAGCGGGUGACCGCCACGCGGCCGUCGCGUCGCAGCCCUGACACGGCGCCGCUGCUCAUCCACGACCUCGCCGCGCAGCCCUGCUGACCGGCCGCCGACCUGCCGCUCAUCGAGCUGUAGGGAUGGGACGGUACGUAGAUCUUUAGGUUACGUGAUACCCGCGUAGAUUGUUUUAUGUUUGUAUCAUCUGCGCAGAGACAACCCUAUAUUAAAAUUAUAAAAUUAUCACUUCACGGGAUUUAUUGCAACAAUAUCUAUUUUAACGGUAAAUAAAAUAUAAAAAAUGCAACAUAAUAGUUUAAAAUAUUAUAUAGCAACCCUAUAUUGUCAUUUACCCAGAGAUAAAAUGUUGUUGCAUGUCAUCCGCUCAGAGACAAUCCUUCUUUAAAUUUCACCCGCGCAGAGACAACCCUAUGUUCAUGUCAUCCGCGCAGAGAUAUCUCUAUUUGCAAUAUGUUUGCGCAGAGACAACCCUAAUUUGUAUGUGUCACACGCGCAGAGACAAUCUUACUUAUAAUAUUUUACCGCGCAGAGAUAUCCUAAG